CAGGCAUAAAAUAUGGAAUGAGUCAGUUCACACUGACGUGUCCCUAACACAGAAAUCAAUAUUAUUCUUAACUAACAGAAGACGAAAGUGAAGUGGCUGCUUCAGUUACAGGGAUCUGUUUAUAAGAGUCUCUGCUUCAGUGAUUUCUUGUUUAAGGUGAGAGAAAAGGAAAGUAGACUACAAGCAGGAUCAUCUGGAGACCUUGAGUCACAAGGUCAAAGCCAGUCAUCAAGGUCACAUGAGGCUGGUGUGUCUAUUUAUAUCCGACUUCCCACUAAGCUAAGGAUAGUGAAAAUGGCUGAACAGCGAAGGGCACAGCUCAACAGAAGCAUGGAGAAGAGUUUUGAGGAUUUACUGACCGGAUUAGAUGAUGACCUUGAACCAGAUAUAGAUGACAUCUUCACAAACUGUGAUCAUCUGCCUGAGAAAGUUACAGAUGCCACAUUUAAUGCCAUGGCUUUCCAACAAAAAGACAAAAAGCCUUCCCCCUUGCCAUCACCAAACAAAGACCAGGAGGAGGAACAGUUUCAGUUUCCUAAGGUGUCUAAAUCUUCCCCAGAGGAGCCUCAGGAGGAGACAGAGAGAAAUACAGACCCUGGGAUUCACAGUGACAGUGAAGACGAACAAGAGCCAAAGGAACUGGAGUUUGUUUCUUCCACUGGGAAUGAAGAGGGUGAAGUUUAUGAUUCCUCAAAAUUAAUAUUGCCAACAUUUGGAGAAAGCAGCACAGAUGACACACUCCUCGGGAAGGUGGAACUGGAGGAUGAUGAAGAAGAAGAUGAUAUGAAGGAUGAGGUGGAAGAUGAGGAGGAAGAAGAUAUAGAGGGAGAGGAGGAUGAAAGCAUAGAGGAGGAAGAGAUGGAAGAUCAGAAACCAGCCAAUCAGGAGGACAGACGGGAGAACCCUAAAGACCUGACCAUGUUUUCUGGACUGGAUCACGAUGACUCAGACCCAGACAUUGAUAAGUUGGUCGCUGAAUGUGACUUCCUGCCUGAGACUGUGUCUGAUUCCACCAUUAAUGCCAUGGUGGACAGAAAUAGACCACUGGCCAAAUCGUACCGCCAGAGUCUCGAGUUACAGAGCGAAGAUCAGGAGAAUGAAGAAACCAUGGAUACGGAUGUACCACAGGAAGAACACAGCCCUCCUCCCGAUGUUGUUAUCAGAGUUCAGAAAGAGGAGAGCCUAGAUUUCUCUGUUUUGGAGCCUGAUAGCAGUCAUUUAGAUGUAGACAUUGGAAAGCAAAAGACAAACCUUAGAAAACAGGGAUCACUAGCCAAGAGGAGGAAACCUACCCGCUCAACUGUCAGGAGUGCUCUCCUUUCAGGGGAGGAAGCAAUGUUCCAGGAUUCUACUGAGCCUAAGUCCGAGCGAGCGGACAGUAAGGGUGAGGAUGAGGUGUUUGGUCAGAGGUCCCCCUCCUCUUCUUCUGUAGAGGGAGUCCCCACAUCCCCUCCGGCCAAGAAGCCCAGUAAAGUCCUGGUACCACUGCCAGGCUUCGGGGGACCCAAGCCUGAGCUGAGGAGGAGAUCUGAAGAGCAGCAUGAAGCAGAAAUGGCAGUAGACGAACCCAAAAAGAAGGACUACAAAAGCUACGGAGUCAAAUUACCGGUCCCUCAGCUGCCAAGGAAAAGUGAAAGUGAAAGCACAGAAGAGACCCUGAGCAAACCUGUUCUGAGGAAAGUUCCCAGGAAAGACAGUGUGGAGAGACAGGAACCAGAAAAACAUUAUGAUGUGUCGUCAUUGAAAUCAGUGGCAAAAACAGACAAUGUGUCAAAAACGGAUACAGAAUCAGACAAAUUCGUAGAGAAGCCUACUUUACGGCAAGUGAAAAGAGAUGAAAAUAAAGGAACUAUUUCUAGUGAUAAUACAUUUGAAAAGCCUGCUUUGAAGAAUGUUUCUAAACCUAGUGUGGAAAAAUCAAAUGAAUCAGACAUGAAGUUUGAAAUUCCAGCUUUAAAUAAAGUUUCAAGGGAGAGAAGUGAAAGCAAUAAAAGUGAUCAAGAGAGUGAAAAUGUGUAUGACAAAUCCUCUUUAAGAUCCACCCCAAAACCUGAUAAACAGUCAACCCCAACUUCCCCCAAAACUCCCGAACCAAAAACGUUUGCUAUGCCUGCUUUACGUCCAACUCCACGAGCCAACAAAAACAGACAAGAGGACACAACGUCUCAACAGGACUCGGGAUCGUUUGAGAAGCCGGCUCUACGAAAUGUGUCAAGGCCAUUAGAGAGAAAGGGGUCUGUGGAAUCGGGAUCUUUUGAGAAACCCACUCUGAGAAAUGUGGGCAAACCUCCCCUGCCUGAGAAAAGGGUUUCUAUAUCUGAGGAUGGUAAUGAGGAGAACCACAGGUUUGACGUGCCUGCUCUGAGAAUGGUACCAAAGGACCAGAGGCCUACACAGACACUGAGGAACGUGGCAGGUCAAGAGUCAGAAACAGAAGCAAUCCGAAGGCCAUCCCUCAAGUCUACACCUCAGAAAGAAAUUCCAAAGUCAGAAGAAAGCAAAGAAGCCCCAUCAUGGUUGAAAAAUAUGAAGUUGAGGAAAACAAAGAGCCAAGCAGAGGACAUGAACACUGCAGGAGAAACCAAGGAGAAACCUGAAUGGCUGCAGACAGCCAAUGAAAAGAGAGAAAAGGCCAUGGAAACUCUCAACUCUAAAGAAAAUCAAACAAAAAAUAGCUCAGAAAGUAAUGUGUCUUGGUUAAGUCGGGACAAUCUGAAGAAAACUUCCACUCCAUUGCAAGAGAAUAAUGAUAAUUCACAUUCCCAUGAAGAGGAGGGCAGGAGGAGACUCAGCUCAGUGGAGAGUAAUGGGGACAUUGACCGCAGAUCAAGAGAGAGAACUCCUGCCAAAAAUGAUGGUCAGAGAGAAAACUAUGUGCCAAGUUGGUUGAAGGCCAAGGACAAGCAUCAUAAAUCCAAUCCUAACCUGAACUUUGUGACUCCGUCCUCAAAUUCCGAGGAACCCCCGGACUGGAAGAAGGCGCUAGCAGAGAAACGAAAAAACAGGAGAGACUCCGACACCCCUGUAAAACAGUCUGCAGACUCAGAGAAAGGUAUUCCUCCCUGGAAACAGGAAUUAGCCAAGAAAGGCAUGAAGUCCUCCACCCCUCUUAAAACCUCAUCAGAACAGAAGAAAGCCGAACCGGAAUGGAAGCAGAAGGCUGACGAGAAAAGACAAAGAAUAAUAAAAACUGGACUCUUUGAUAAAACCCUGAGGAAAACGUAACCUUAAGAUGGAGAUGAAAGAAAACUCAACUUAUUGCAAUGACUAGUAUUGAUUUUGUUUCAGUUUCCACUCAUGCAUUGUAUAUUUUUAGAAAAUGAGGAUGAAGUUAUAUGCAUAUUAGAUAUGAAACAUUU